AUGGUCUGCUGCGGACGUAACAAUGGCACCUGCGUGUGCGCCCAGGAGGCUAAGUGCUCUUGCGGAAAGCAGCCCGCGCUCCAGUGCACUUGCGAAAAGGCUGCCACCGAGAACAAGCUUCCCUCUUCAACAUGUGCCUGCGGAAAGCGCGCUGAGGAUGCCUGCAACUGCAGCCGCUCUGAGAACAACGGCUCGUCAAACCUCGAGACCGACUUCACCACCAAGAAAUAA